CUCCGUCGGCUUACAGUAUACACCUAUCUAUCUCCCACAAGCAUCAGCAGUCUCUCCAUCAGUCUCCGCGAUACGGGCGCUACUACGGCGCAAAGCAUGGCACCCCUGCGCCCCGAAGAACCGGCAACUGCCGCCGCGCACCUCUGCGUCUUUCUGUUGACCGCCUCGGCCUGGAUGGCACUGCCGGGACCCGUGCGCGGCUCCAGCGGAGCUUUAAACCGGCGCGGCUGGGAGGAUCGUGCGUUUGACAUGGGCGGAGAUGGAGGCUCCCCGCUGGGCUCGCAGACGGACGCGGACGAGGAAGCCGUCGGCGCGGGGAGCUCGCCCCGCUUCAAGAGGGCUCUGUCCUGGGAUAAACAAAUGUCCCUGCUCAGCAGCUCGUUCGUGCUCAAAGGGGAUGCGACCCACAACCAGGCAAUGGUCCACUGGACAGGAGAGAACAGCAGCGUCAUCCUGAUCCUGACCAAGUACUACCACGCUGACUCCACCAAGGUGCUGGAGAGCUCGCUGUGGAGGUCGACUGACUACGGAACGACGUACACCAAGCUCAAUCUGAUGCCAGGGACAACCAUUGUGGUGACGAGUUUCUACAUCUGCCCAACCAACAAGAAAAAGGUAGUGCUGGUGGGUUCCUCCGUCAACGAACGAGAUCAGAUGCUGUUUAUCAGCACGGACGAGGGCUCCUCCUUCCAGCGGCAGUCCAUCGCCUUUACGCCGGACACGCUCAUCUUCCACCCCAAGGAAGAAGACAAGCUGCUGGCCUACUGCAAGGAGGGCAGGCUCUUUGCUUCGACAGACUUGGGCCGCAAGUGGACUUUACUUCAGGAGAGGGUGACCAAGGACAAAAUCUUCUGGUCUGUGUCUGGCGUGGACGUGGAUCCCGAUCUGGUUCACAUGGAAAUGCAAGACACAAGUGGAGGUUACCUCUACGUCACCUGCCUCAUCCAGAACUGUUCGGACAAAAUGGUGACGGCCCAGUUCCUCGGCAAGAUCGAUCACAACUCUCUGCUGGUGCAGGACGACUACAUAUUUGUCAAGGUCACCACAGGGAAUCGCACCAAGCACUAUGUGUCCUAUCGGCGCAACGAGUUUGUCCAAAUGAGGUUUCCCAAGUAUGCCUUGCCAAAGGAUGUUCAGAUAGUGAGUACAGACGAGAAACAGGUCUUCCUCGCCCUCCAGGAGUGGUACCAGUCGGAUACUUACAACCUGUACCAGUCAGAUCCCCAGGGCGUCUACUACUCCAUUGUCCUGGAAAACGUUCGCAGCACCAAGCAGCCAGAAGAGAACGUCCUCAUCGAUAUCCUGGAGGUACGUGGUAUCAAAGGAGUCUUCCUGGCCAAUCAGAAGAUUGAUGGAAAAGUGACGACUCUAAUUACUUACAACAAGGGACGCGACUGGGACCCCUUGACCCCGCCGACCACAGACAUGAAUGGAAAGCCGAUCACCUGCAAAGCGCCGGACUGCCACCUUCACCUCCACCUGCGCUGGGCAGACAACCCUUAUGUGUCUGGGACAGUCCACACCAAAGACUCUGCUCCAGGCCUCAUCAUGGGUGCUGGUAACCUUGGUUCCAAGCUGGUAGAGUAUAAGGAGGAGAUGUACAUCACUUCAGACUGCGGGAAGACAUGGAGACAGGUUUUUGAAGAGGAGCAUCACAUCCUGUAUCUGGACCACGGUGGCGUCAUUGUUGCCAUCAAGGACACCUCUAUCCCCCUCAAGAUACUCAAGUUCAGUACUGACGAGGGGCGGACGUGGAACGUUCACAACUUCACCAGCACCUCUGUUUUUGUUGAUGGACUUCUGAGCGAGCCAGGGGACGAGACCCUGGUCAUGACCGUGUUUGGCCACAUCAGCUACAGGUCGGACUGGGAGCUGGUCAAAGUGGACUUCAGACAGUCCUUCACCCGUCAGUGCACCGAGUCCGACUAUGAAUCAUGGCUACUGACAGACCUGCAGGGAGAGAAAUGCAUCAUGGGCCAGGAGCGGACUUUCAGAAAGAGGAAGGAUGCGGCGUUCUGCGUUAAAGGAAGAAGUUACACAUCUACUCUCACCAAUAAAUCCUGCCAGUGCUCAGAGAAGGACUUCAACUGUGACUAUGGUUUUGAGCGCUCACGGGUGGAGGGCGACCGCUGCUUUGCUGACUUCUGGCACGAUCCAGAUUCACCGCCUGAAGACUGCCAUCAAGGACAAAACUACGAGUCCAGCACCGGUUACAGGAAGGUGAUAUCCGACAUGUGCGAAGGGGGCCUAAACAAGCAGCAGAGUGUGAAACAACACAGCUGCCCCCUGCUCCCCCCCAGAGGACUACAGGUCGGCAUAAAAGGCCAGAUGCUGGCUGUGGCGCCCGGUGAUGACAUCACAUUCAUUGUACACCAAGAGCAGGGGGAUACCAGCAGCACCAAGUACCAGGUGGACCUGGGCGACGGCGUUCGGGCAAUUUACCAGAACUUGACGGUGACAGAUGAACCCAUCCAGCACCGCUACGAAAACCCGGGUGUUUACAAGGUCACAGUGAAGGCUGAAAACAUGGCAGGGCACGAUGAGGCCACCAUGUACAUCCAGGUCACAGCCCCUCUACAAGAAGUGCACCUGGAAGUGGUUCCUAUUGCCGGAAGGAACCAAGAGGUCAAUCUGACGGCGUUAGUUCUCCCCACUGAGGCAAACCUGACUGUCUUUUACUGGUGGAUAGGAGACAGCCUUCGGCCCGUGUUGACUCUGCAGAACAGCCUCCUGACUCGGUUCGCAGAGACCGGAGAGGUUUCAGUCACUGUCCAGGCCUCAAACGGCCGGUCCAUGGUGCAGGAGACCAGAACUGUCCGAGUCUACGAUAAUUUCCAGAUCAUCCCCCUGAGCUUCAGCAGAGACCUGGACCGCUUCAAUCCAAACAUCCCAGAAUGGAGGAACGACGUCGGCCAUGUGGUCACCAAAAUACUGGCUAAGACCACAGGCGUACCUCAGGAGUCUCUGGUCACCGUGGUAAAACCAGGCCUCCCCACCUCAGCGGACCUGUACGUCCUCCCACAGGACACCACACCGGUCAAGAAGAGCAUGUUUGUAGAUAAGCGAAUUCCAGCCAUUAUGCAGGCCUUCAACGACAACAACGUCAGCUUUGUUGUGCGAGGAGGACUCCAAGUGAUGGUGAUGCUAGCUGAUCCAAACUCAGGUCUAAUUGCUAAUGACUCAACAGCUGCAGCAACAGAGAAUGGCUACCACGGAGCAGCUGGGAGUCCAGGUGUUUGGGCUCUAGCAGUUAUUUUCCUAAUCAGCAUCAUUGCAACCGGCUCCUUCAUCCUCUACAAGUUCAAAAGUCCUUGGCUUAGGACUGAGGAUGCCUAUCCCCCGCUGUUUUUCAGGAAGCUUCCAGGCAGCCGCAACGUCUACGCCCAGAUGCACAAUGAGAAGGAGCAGGAGAUGACUAGCCCCGUCAACCACAGCGAGGACACCCAGCACAUCAUCCAGGGAGAGGAGUUCAUUGACGACGACCUGGACUCGCAGACUCUAGGUAACGCAGGAGGUAGCCCCGCCUUCCGUUCCCUUAUCAGGACUACCACUAACCACUGCUACUAAAACCCAAGCCACUAACACCAGCAGCUAACACACACCAAGGCAACCAUUCAGGUGUGGUCCUGAGCAUCAACUCCAGAGAGCUACACAGUUACCUGACCAGCUGAUGGCUGCCGUGGCAAUGCUGAUGAGCUAGCCCAGCCUAGCCGAGCUGGCUAACGAGCACAGGGACUCCACUCUGCCUUCCUCCUUCUCUCCCCCUUUUGUUCCUCCUUCUUCUUCCUCCUCCUCCUCCUCCUCUUCCUCCUUAUCCUCCUUAUCCUCCUCCUCAUGGGACACUUUACCUCCGAUCCACGGCCUCGUCAACCCUUCUGCUCCAGCUUUUCUGUGAUCAUGUGUGUGUGUCGGAGGGUUGUGUUUUUUCACAGCAGCACCGAGGAUGAAGGACUUGACGGUUCAUCUGUGUUUGUUAAAAAAAAAAAAGUCUGUGCAUACAUUGUCUGUCACUUAACCACACUUAAAAUCUGCGAGCACGACUCACUGCACUGGUUUGAACCACUGAAGCCACUGAGGGUUUGCCCCCAGAGACUCAAGUGCUAAGACGUAUUCUGUGCACUAAGACGACAAAUGAUCGGCGAGGGGGGAAAAAAAAAGAAAAAGAUUUUGAUUCUUUGAUUCUCCCCUAAUAGUUUUCUUUGUUUUGACUCCUCCACCCUACUACUCUCUCUUCAAAGGCAAUAAUAAUCAGUGGAAUGUAGGCUCUGAUAAACCCUUGUGACUUUGCAUAUGAGCAGAAUAUGCAUGCAAACACAAGAGGGCGGUGUUGCACUUUUUCUUGAAUUUCCACUUGCAGGUACUAGAGCUGAGCUUCUUUGGGACAUGCUAUUCUUUUUUUUUUCUUCCCACGCGGCUUUUUAGUUUGCUUGUUUUUUUUUUCCCCAGCACCCUCGUGCGUUCACAUCCCGACAUUCUCGUUUUUUUUUUUUUUUUUCACACGUUCACGGAGGUUUGGAGCGCAGCGUCCAAUCACCUUGGUCCGUCCCAUGGUGCCUAAAAACGGCAGAUCUGCUCAGUGACAUUGUCUGUCGUCCAAGUCCUUUUGUUUCUUAAAAAAAAAAAGAAAAAAAAAGAACAGCGCGGCCCUUUUUCCCCCUUCACUCCUCUUCCUCCUCCUCCUCCUCCUCCUCCUCCUCCUCCUCUUCACACUUUCUACGUCAGAGCAGACUGGUUCCUCUGGAGACAAAGGUUGCCGUCAUGGAGGGAAGGUGUAGUUGAUAUAUUUUACUGUAUCAGCCUAUAUUAGGCGUAGCCUGCGGUGGAAUCAUGUCUCCUUAAAGGUUUGGUUUGUCGUGUGUAAAUGUGUAAAUAAUGAACAGUGAUCUCCACUUUGUAUAUAUAUCCCCUUUGACUCGUGUGUGAGUGUUUUACACUGCUACCAAAUUACACAGCGUUCUUUUUUCUUUUGUCUUUCUGCCACAGAGUUUCCUAAAUCCGAACAAAGUCUCACUGUUUCCAGUUUGCUCACUGCCUGCGUCACUCAUCUCUGUUUUUAUUACUUUUUUUUCUGUGUGUGUAACUUCACAAAUAUGAAUAUUUUACUGUCUUCAUUGUUUACUGGAAAUCAUUUCCGUGUCUUCUAAAGAUACUCACAGCCACACAGUGACGGCAUAUAUAAUAUAAAUAUAUAUAUAUGGGUAUUUUUGAUACACUUGUCGAGUUUUUUCCAGUAUGUGUGAACACUGGUUGAUGUUUCCGUUGCCUUUCGCUGAAGUCUUCUCGUUUGUUUUGAUUGCACUGAUGGUGUAGUUGCUGCCGCCGCGUGCCCGAUGGCAGCUAAACAAGACUACAGACUCUGAAUUCAAAGGUCUCUGGGACGACAGGGCCUUCACAGACUACCAACGCUACCAUAAAACGCCGAGGCCAAACCUUUUGGUCCACCCAGACAGCGUUCACUCCUUCUGGUUUAAGCCCGCACUUCAUCUUUUGUACAUAUUCUGCCCAUGUUCAGCUUGUUCUUAGUUUCCUAGUGAUGUGUCGUCAUUGUGUCAAUGUCCCCUCAAACAGAGGGGAACGUGGGGAUUAUGAUAUACCAAUGUAAUAGUCGAGGAGUUUCACGGAUGAUGGCACAGACAGUGUAAUUUUGACCACGUUGUUUUUUAGAUUUUUUUUGGGGGGGGGGGGUUUGGUUUUUUGUUUUUUACUCUUUUCUGCUGGUUUGUUUGGACCCUUGAUUUCGCUAUUAAAAACAAUUGUGUGUCCUCAUCAGGAAGCGUAGUGCACUACUCAACCUGCAUCCUGGAAUAAAUCACUCCCAUAACUUG